AUGGAUGCAAAUAGCAAAGUGUCGUUUGUUGUGGCGCUGCAAAGGGCGAGCAGCCCCACUCAGUACUUCUGGUACAGAACCACCCUGCAAAUCUCUGAGGACAUAAAUCACCCGCAAACGUUCAACUACAAGAUCGCCAUGGCACUGGUCAUCGCUUGGAUAUUGGUCUAUUUAUGCAUGAUCAAGGGAAUCGCCUCCUCUGGGAAAGUUGUUUACAUAACAGCUACAUUCCCCUACAUCGUUCUAGUCAUAUUUUUCUUCAGGGGUAUAACUCUGAAGGGUAUGAGCGAUGGCUUGAUACACCUCUUCACCCCGAAGUGGCAUACGAUUCUAGACCCUGUGGUAUGGUUGGAAGCGGGCACUCAGAUAUUCUUUUCCCUCGGCCUGGCCUUCGGUGGGCUAAUAGCCUUCUCAUCAUACAACCCGGUGGACAACAACUGUUACCGUGAUGCGAUUAUGGUCUCAAUGACCAACUGCUUAACGUCCAUGUUCGCUGGAAUAGUCGUCUUUUCGAUCAUCGGUUUUAAGGCCACUAUGAUUUACGAGAAAUGCUUGAGUUUGAGGAACGAAACUCUGUUGGAAACGUUCGGUUCAUCUUACGAGUCCAUGGUGUUCCCGGCGGAAGGUCAACCGGUGACGGUAGACGUAAACGGCAACUUGACCACUUUGCUGAUGCCCCAUUUGCCCGAGUGUGAUCUUCAAAAGGAGUUGGAUAAUACGGCAUCUGGCACGGGCCUAGCGUUCAUAAUAUUCACGGAGGCAAUCAACCAGUUCCCUGGUGCUCAGUUCUGGUCCAUCCUGUUCUUCCUUAUGCUGUUCACCCUCGGCAUCGAUUCCCAGUUCGGAACCCUCGAGGGUGUGGUCACCUCGAUAGUCGACAUGAAACUCUUUCCCAACCUUCGGAAGGAGUAUCUAACAGGAGGCCUCUGCUUGGUCUGCUGUCUGUUGUCUAUGGGCUUCGCGCACGGUGCCGGGAGCUACAUCUUCUUGCUGUUCGACAUGUACAGUGGGAACUUCCCGCUUCUGAUUAUCGCCUUCUGCGAGUGCAUUGGGAUCUCUUACGUGUACGGAGUUAAGAGAUUCGCCGAUGACAUAGAGCUGAUGACGGGCCGCAGGCCUGGCAUUUACUGGCUGAUCUGCUGGAAGUACUUGUCACCGCUGGCUAUGCUGUGCAUCCUCGUGUCGUCUUUCGCGGAGCUGGCAGUAGAGGGUUCAGGGUACGACGCCUGGAUAGCUUCGAGGGGCGACACUGAGAGGAAGUCGUGGCCUGCAUGGGCGGUGGUACUGGUGCUGGUGCUUGUCUUGGCUUCUGUGCUGUGGAUACCGGGCCUCGCUAUCUGCAGAUACUUCGGCAUACCGAUCAUAGAGGACGAGGAGCGCGCGUGGUUCCCGGCGGAGGAUUUGCGCGACUUCCACGGGAUUGAACCGCGGCCCGUCUCCAGGGCUGAGGUGCUGCUGUUCUGCACGCGGCCCGACGGCACCGAGGGCUGCUGCUGGCCCGGCUGCUGCGAGACCGAUGACGAGGAU